UUCAAACCUUUCAAACGUAGAGAAAGAUAAUACGAUAUAUACAAAAUGAUCGAGAUAACUAUUUCUACAUAAACAAUAUUUUAUUUAUAAAAGAAAGAAAAGAUAGAUAUAUGUACAAAGCAACAUAAUGAGUGAAUUUAAGAUACAUCAUUUAAUAAGGGAGUUGAUUGAAUCACUCGGUUCGGAAACUGCCCCAGAAGAACAUAUAGAAAAGCUGCAGAAAGAGAGCUCAACAGCAAAUGCGCUAAAUACUGUUGCUCCUCAAAGUUGCAUUCAAUAUCUUUCCAAACAUUCAUUACAACCAGAAUUAUUUAUACAAAAAUAUGAGGAACUGAAAUCUAAGAAAGUAGAUCUGUUAGGUCCAUUCAUGCAGACUCUGGAAUUAAUAUCUCAAGAUAAUGAAUUGAAGAAAUUUCUGUCAAAAUCUGCACCAGCACUAGCUGCUGGUUCUACGAAGGAUCAAGUCAUUACACAAAAAGAUUUGCCAAAGAUCUGCAAAAAUGUGAUGAAAGCUGCUGUUGAAGGAGGAAAGAAAUUAAAUCAGCAAGCAAUUAAUAAAAAAACUGAUAGUGCCUUAACAAUACACAAUUGGGUAGCAGAACGUCCACGUAUAACUUGGGAUUUUUAUAGUGACACAACUGUAGCACUCCAUCAAAAAGUUGUUCCCGUUGUAUCGCAAGAAUCUAUACUUUUAUGGGAUAUCUUGUAUUGCUUAAAAGGCAUAGAUGGUUCAUACAUUGUUUCAGAACCUUUAGCAACUCCCUAUGGUAUUAAGACAUUUUCUAUGUCAUCAGAUAUUGGUAUAUCGUUUAAGCAACUCGCGCAACAGAUAAUACCUUUAGCUUCAUGUUACUCCAUGACAAUGAGAUUUGUAGAGGAGAAAGUCUCCCCAGAUGAUGGACAAGUUAAUCAUGCUUUGAGAGGAGCUAUACGAUCUUUACUGAAGGAUUACUUGCUCUUUGUUGUACAACUUGAAAUGGAACAUGUCAAUGGUAAAUUAAAUUUGCAAAAGUUAUGGUUUUACAUUCAGUCCACUAUGAUUACAAUGUCUAUACUUGCUCAAAUUACAUCCACAAUAUGCAAGGCAAAUGCUAGAGGUGGGAAAGUGCUGAGCCUGCUUCACGAGCAAACAAUGAACAAUAUUAGCGGUGAAGCCAAAUCCAAAAAACUGUGCCUGUAUUUGAUGCAGGCUGCAAGCAUGCCGUAUAUGCAGAUUUUAGAAAAAUGGGUCUAUAAAGGGAUGAUAUGUGAUCCGUACCAAGAGUUCUUUGUCGAAGAUAACGAAUUGGUUCAAAGAGAAGAACUUCCUGUGGAUUAUUCUGCAGAUUAUUGGGAAAAACGGUACACUAUGCGACCGGAGAGGAUACCUGUAUUUUUAAACGAAUACGCACAAACGAUACUUAGGACGGGCAAAUAUUUCAACGUUAUUAGGCAAUGUGGUAAAACGGUGCAGUGGGGAAAACAAGAGCCCUUAAGUUAUCAACAUCAAGGGCAAACAUAUAUAGCUGCCAUCGAUAGAGCAUAUUCAGAAGCCGCUAAAAAAUUAUUGGAAGUCCUCAUACAUGAGAACGAUCUAAUGGGCAGACUGCGUAGUGUAAAAAGUUAUUUUCUUCUCGCCCAGGGAGAUUUUGUGGUACAAUUUAUGAAUCUCUGCGAGGCCGAGUUAAAUAAAAGCAUGUAUGACGUUGUGCCGCAUCGUUUGGCAUCUCUCCUCGAAGUUGCCCUGCGAAUGUCCACAGCCGACUCAGAUCCUUACAAGGACGAUCUGAAGCCUGAGCUACUUCCAUAUGACUUGCAGUACCAAAUGUUCAGAAUACUUUCGAUCCAAACUAGAGACGAGAAAGAAUACUGCCUUCAAGCGGGUAAAACUCUAACUGGUUUGGAAGCCUUUGUCUUCAAUUACGACGUUAAAUGGCCAGUUUCUUUGAUUAUCAACAGAAAGGCGAUAGCUUGUUAUCAAAUGUUGUUUAGGCACUUGUUCUUUUGCAAGCAUGUGGAAAGGCUUUUGUGCAGAGUAUGGAUUAGCAAUAAAAUUGCGAAAACGUUCACGCACGAAGUGGCGAUGGCUUACAGACAGGCGUUUUCGUUACGGCAAAGAAUGUUGGAUUGUAUACAACAUUUGGAAUACUACAUGAUGGUGGAAGUCGUGGAACCAAAUUGGCUGAAAUUUAUAAAUAAAAUGAGCAAAGUUAGUAACGUUGACGACGUACUGAGCGUGCAUCAAGACUUGCAGGAUAGCUAUUUGAAAGAGUGCAUGUUAACGGAUCCUGAUCUUCUCGGCUGCAUCACCAGUAUAUGUGCCAUUUGCGUGGAAUUCUGCAGUUUUAUGCAGUGUAUGAGCCGCUACUACAUUGAUGCUGAAUUGACAUCCAUGAUUGGUGCCUGUCAGGAAGAUGUCUAUGAAUAUGAGAUGUCUGAAGAAAAUGAAGCUGAGAGUGGUGCGGCAGCGAAAGACGGGACAGGAAGCUUCGAGGAGACAAUCAUAUCAUUAGAUGAAAAAUUUACUGAAGUAUUACUACGUCUUCUGAAUCGGAUCUGUGAUCUGGGUUGUCAUAACAACAAUGAGAAGCUACUUAAUGUCUUGUGUCGGCUCGACUUCAACUUAUUUUACACCGACAUACUGGUGCGCCAAGGAAAAGAGAAGACUGUCACACGGCAAGAUAUAUCUGGUUAGUAAUUACAUGCUAUUCGCGCAACUCGUCCAUUGUUGUCGCUGAUUUAUUCUCAGACAUGUAGAUCUGCGAUAAAACAAUAAUCUAUUGAUAAAUAAGAAGAAAUUUAUUUAUUUUCUAUACACAUGAUGGAAGUCAUACUAAUUUUUGCAAUGACUAUAACAACAUCUAUCUGCUUUGUUAACGCGUUGAUUGUAUUUAUUAACACAAAAAACAAUACUCUCGUUACAAAUAGACGUUUGGAAUCGUGAAAGAUCUGCUUACAGUUUGGUUAUAGAGCGGUAUCGAUUGUAAAACAAAAAAAAAGAAAGAAAGAUGUAAGACUAUACAAUUUUAAAAGCAGGUGCGACUUACAUUUACAUUUGUAUGUCGCACAAACAACAUGUAAACUGUUUCGCUCGGGAUAUUAAUGAAGCACAUUGUCAUGUAGCUUAGCUAAGCUUACCUUAGCAUGUAGCUGAGUCUACGCGUUGAACGUAAUAAAAGGCAACGUACAUUUAA